UUUCGUGGCUUUGCUCCCCUUCCUCUAUUUUCCCUCUAUUUUCCUCCCCCCUUCCUUCCUGGCUUUCUCAAUCCCCGGAGACAUUCACUCGCAAUGUCUGAUAAUACGGCCCUCCCUGAACCGACCGCCCUCCCCGUGCUGUCCGAUGCGCCCCCAUCCAGCGCCGGUCGCUCCGACGGCCAUUCGGGGCCGGUCGACCAACCUCCCGCGGUCAUCCCCGACGAGCUCAAGCCUCGUUUGGACAAGGUUAUCUACUCAGAAAUUGGCGUCGUCACCCUCCUGUCUCGAUUGAAGCAGAGUGUCGCCUCCGCCAGGGAUUUCUCCUCGUUCCUCAAGAAACGAGGCUCGCUGGAGGAGGAACAUGCUCAGGGGCUACGGAAGCUGUCCCGCACAGUCAAUGAUGCAGCGCAGCGCACGGAGAACCGACAGGGCACGUACAGCUCGAGUUACAAGGAGAUUCAUCAUUUACAGGAGCGCAUGGCCGACCAUGGCCUGCAAUUCGCCUUGUCCCUCCACCAGAUGUCCGACGACUUGUCCGAGCUCGCCGCUAACAUUGAACGGGGGCGCAAGCAGUGGAAACAGUCCGGAUUGGCGGCCGAGAAGAAAGUCAUUGAUGCGGAAGGACUGGUUGAGAAGGCGAAGGCCAAGUACGAUUCCUUGGCGGAGCAGCUUGAGCGUGUGCGCACGGGAGACAAACAGGGCGGCAAGUUCGGUCUCAAGGGCCAUAAGUCAGUGGCGCAGCAGGAGGAGGAGCUUCUGCGCAAGACGCAGAAUGCAGACGAAGACUACCAGGCCAAGGUGACGGCGGCCAAGGCGGCUCGUCAGGAGUUGGUGUCCUCACAGCGGCCAACGACAGUGCAUAAUCUCCAGACGUUGAUUGCGGAGUGUGACUCGGGUCUGACGUUGCAGCAACAAAAAUUUGCUACUUUUAGUGAAAAGCUGCUCCUCGGCCAGGGUCUUUGCGUCAACCCGAUGAAGCCCGAGACCAACGAGGCCCUCGCACCCAAGAGUCUGGCCGAAGUGGUCCGCCAGGUUGAUAAUCAAAAAGACUUGCACGAUUUCAUUCUGAGCCAUGAAGGGCAUCCGGGAGCCGUGACCGGGCCGGAGGCUAGAUACGAGCGUCAUCCCGUUCUCGGUCCUGGACCUUCGAUCCCAUCCUCACAACCGAACAUUCAGACCAAACGCCAGUCUACCCUUCCCCUGUCGUUCUCUCAGCAUAACAUUUCUUCUCCUGCCAGCCAACCGCCACAGGCCAGUCCUGAUCAAUUCCAGCAAUCACCCUACCCAGCACACCCAGAUCCAGUUGCAACGCCCCCAGUCGCAACACCCCCCUACCCUGUGUCUGGACCACCGGUGCAUGAGAAGCCUCCUCCAAUAACCACUGGCUCUGGUCCUCUCAUGCCAGGUCCACCUCCGAUGGACAAGAAUACUCUCCAUUCGACUCUGCCUCCCCUUAAACCAGUCUUUGGUGUCUCUCUGGAAGAACUUUAUGCCCGCGACGGCACUGCUGUGCCGCUCAUCGUGUACCAGUGCUUCCAGGCUGUUGAAAUAUUUGGUCUGGAAACCGAGGGUAUCUACCGAAUCCCUGGAAGUGCCAACCACAUUAAUCACCUGAAGGCGCUGUUUGAUAAUGACUCUUCUCAAGUCGACUUUACCAACCCAGAGAGCUUCUACCAAGACGUCAACAGCGUGGCUGGCCUUGUGAAACAGUUCUUUAGGGAACUGCCUAACCCGCUGUUUACCUCGCAGUACUAUACCAAAUUUGUUGAUGCUGCCCGCAUUGAGGAUGAUAUCAACCGCCGGGACUCGUUACACGCUCUCAUCAACAACCUGCCCGAUGCCCACUACGCCACUCUGCGGGCUAUCAUUCUGCACUUGAACAAGGUCCAAGAAAACUACAGCCACAACCGCAUGGGUGCCGGGAACCUGGCUAUCUGUUUCGGGCCAACUCUCAUGGGCGCCAACUCUGGAGGCAACAUCGCUGACGCCGGCUGGCAAGUCCGCGUCAUCGAGACCAUCCUCAAUAACACCUUCCAGAUCUUCGACGACGACUAG